UGGGGUGCACGGCAGCGGCGCCGGAGCCGCGGCGACUCCCGGCAGUUGCAGCUGCUGAGCCGCGCUCAGCUCCGUGCCAGCGGCCGCAGCAACUUUGCCGCUCCGAAGGCUGCGGAAGCGGCGCGAUGUAACGGCGCACCCGGCAGCGCGGAGCGGAGUCGCCCCAGCCUCUCUUCCCGGUGGGGCGGAGCGGAGCCCCCCUCCUCCAUCCUCGGCGGAGCAGCGCGGAACAGAGUGGAGCUCCCCGCCUCUCUUCCUCCUUCCCUGCCUCCUUCCCUCCCCGGCGGCAGCCGCAGCCCGGGGCGGGAGCGCGGAUGCGGCGCGGAGCCCGGCGGAGCCCAUCGCGGGGCCGGGGCCGGGCGCCGCCAAGAGCGGGGGGAUGCUGAGCCCCGCCGCCCGGCACCGCGCCCGCCUCCGGGAGAUGCUCUUCGUGCUCGCUCUCUGGCUGGCGUGGCAAGAAGCGCCCGCGGCGCCGACCCCCGCGGCGGAGGACAUCACCCGGGGAGUUUGGUGGAGCUGGAUCGGAAGUUUCAUUCUGGACUUGGCUCCCAGACCAUCUUUGCUGGUGGUGAUUUCUACAAAAAUUGAGCUGGGAUCAUGUGAGCCUCAAACCAAGGACUGGCUGACAAAAUUUGGGUAUCUGCCUCCUCCGGACCCUGUCACGGGGCAGCUGCAGACGCAGGAGCAGCUCACCAAGGCCAUCACUGCCAUGCAGAGGUUCGGGGGGCUUGAGGCCACAGGAGUCCUAGAUGAAGCCACCCUGGAGCUCAUGAAGACCCCUCGCUGUUCUCUGCCUGACCUCACCAUUGAAGCGACCAGGAGGAAGCGAUUUGCCCAGGCUGUCACCAAGUGGAGCAAAAGGAACUUGUCCUGGAGAGUUCGCACCUUCCCAAAAGAGUCCCACUUGGGCCACGACACUGUCCGAGCCCUGAUGUACUAUGCCCUGAAGGUCUGGAGUGACAUCACUCCGCUGAAUUUCCAUGAAGUGGCCGGAAACAAUGCUGACAUCCAGAUAGACUUCUCCAAAGCAGAUCACAAUGAUGGCUAUCCCUUUGACGGGCCUGGUGGGACGGUGGCACAUGCUUUCUUCCCCGGAGACCAUCACACAGCAGGGGACACUCAUUUUGACGAUGAUGAAUAUUGGACCUUCCGAUCAUCAGACACUCAUGGGAUGGACCUAUUUGCUGUAGCUGUCCAUGAGUUUGGCCAUGCCAUUGGCUUGACCCACAUCUCUGCCAUAGAGUCUAUCAUGAGACCCUACUACCAAGGUCCAGUGGGGGACCCUCUGAAGUACGACCUGCCUUACGAGGACAAAGUCCGAAUCUGGCAACUCUAUGGAGUCAGGGAAUCUGUGUCCCCCACAGCCAAGCCUGAAGUAAGCAAAACAGGUGAUCAUCCAAUCCUACCAGAGCUGCCAGAGAACCGCUCCACUGUCCCGCUCAGGCGGGACGUGCCCAACAGGUGUAACACGCACUUCGAUGCAGUGGCCCAGAUCCGGGGAGAGGCUUUCUUCUUCAAAGGCAAGUACUUCUGGAGACUGACUCGCAAUAAGCACUUGGUCUCCCUCCAGCCGGCUCAGAUUCACCGUUUCUGGCGGGGCUUGCCGCUCAACCUGGAGAGCCUAGAUGCAGUCUACGAGAGAAUCAGCGACCACAAGAUUGUCUUCUUCAAAGGAGACAGAUACUGGGUCUUCAAAGAUAACAAUGUGGAAGAAGGGUACCCACGCCCCAUUUCGGACUUUGGCCUGCCCCCGGGAGGAAUCGACGCUGCUUUCUCCUGGGCUCACAAUGACAAGACUUAUUUCUUUAAGGACAAUCUCUACUGGUGCUACGAUGACCAUGAGCGGAGGAUGGAUCCCGGCUAUCCUUCAGAGGCCGUCCCGUGGAAGGGAAUACCUAACCCUUUAGAUGAUGCCAUGAGGUGGUCAGAUGGUGCAAGUUACUUCUUCAAGGGCAAGGAGUACUGGAAGGUGCUGGACAGUGAUCUGGAGGUGCAACCCGGGUACCCACAGUCCAUCGCUAGGGACUGGCUGGUGUGCAGUGACAUGCAGGCUGAUGCCCCUGAGGCAGCCGGGAGCAGCAGGACUGGGGCGCGCUCCAGGCCAGGACAGCACGACGAGAGCCGCUCGAAGAACCGUUACGAGGUCUGCUCCUGCACCUCAGGCACCCCAUCCCUGUGCCCUCACCCCAUACCUGAGAGACUGACUGCCAGCUUCGUGCUGGCUGUGUGGACAGCAGCACUGGUCUGUGUGGCCCUCUGACGGCUCAUCUCACCAGCAGGACAACACCAUGGUGCUCCGGGAUACAGCUCCGUGAUUACUAACUGUUGCAAGCAGAAAAAAAAAACAUUCCUAAGAACAUGCUAGUGAAGGGUUUGAAUUCUCCAUGAGAAAUGAACAGUGAUUUUGUUUGGGGAUUUUCUUUCUUCUUAAUUUGAGUUUAAAGGUCUAAUAACAGAGUUGAGUUCUGCAUCUUCUUAUUCCCCCAUCCAGUUAAAGAUAAGACCAGCCUUAUAUUGAAUUUAGAAAUGCUUCUUAGAGAUGUGUUGCUCUGGAUGUUUAAACACAGCAAACAAGGGAGGGGAGAGCUCCCGGGAUGGAGUGGGGACAGAAGAGAUGCUGCUGCGAUAGAUGGCGACAGAAAGGCAGCUGGCAGGAGGUAGUAGUUGUGUGCUGAGACGAUGUACACAUCCCAUUGGAUGUACACUAGAAGAAACCAUGACUCCACUAAGAUUAACUGCAAGGUGAUCAUUAUUUACUGUCAAGCCUGCUGUAGUCACUGGUGUCUGGGUAACCUGUAUCAGUUUCUAUGCGUCAGAAACACCUUUGCCUUUCAGAAGGUGCUGCAGCUUAUCUUUGUAUUCAAGUCAUUGUAAUUUAACAAUUUCUCUAAUAAACCUUGGCCGCCUACA